AUGUUUGCAGAAAUUGGAAUCGGUCUAACUUUAUUUGGCAUUACUUUUUUUUCACUUGGUAUAAUUCUUUUUUUGGAUGGAGCUCUUCUUGCUAUUGGAAACCUCUUAUUUAUUUGUGGAUUGGUUCUUGUCAUAGGAAUUCAGCGGACAAUUGCUUUCUUUUUGCAGUGGCAUAAAGCAAAAGCAUCUUCUUUAUUUUUUGGUGGUAUUUUUAUAGUUUUAAUUGGGUGGCCCCUUAUUGGAAUUAUCGCAGAAGUUUGGGGUUUUGUUCUCCUUUUCGGAGGAUUCUUACCUGUUGCGUUGAAUUUUUUGAGGCAAAUUCCAAUUAUUGGUUCUUUUUUGAAUAUGCCAGGUAUUCGGCAGAUUUUGGAUCGUUUCGCUCCAGAAAGUCGAUAUCCAGUGUGA